AUGUCUAGAUUAUUAUCAUUUACUUUACGCUCUCAAUUGUCCAAGAGAUUAGCUGCUUCAGUUGCUAGAAAACCAGCUGUUGUUUUUGCUUUACCAAAAAUUGCAGCUACUACUUCAUUGCGUUCAUUCCAUGCUACUCCAUUAACUUUAAACAAAGCUGAUUUGAAACAAGUUCUUGAAGAAGAAACCAAAAUUCUUGAAACUAUUCCAAAUGAUUUAGAUCCAGCCCAUGCUGAAUUUUUAGAAACUUCAGGAUUUGAAGUUGUUGAAAAACCAGGUACUGCUGGGGUUGAAUUGAUUAAAAAGACUAAAGAUGGACAAAUUGUUCAUGUUUAUUUUGAUGUUGAAGAAGUUGCUGAUUUCCCAGAUCAAGAAUUAGAUCCUGAAUCAUUAGAAGAAAAUGUUGAAUCAUUUGAUCAAAUUUUCAGUAAUGUUAAAGUUUUAGUUGAAGAUCCUGUUAAAAAUGAAGGUUUAUUUUUCAAUAUUUUAUUACAACCAAGUGAAGAAGCAUUGUCUAUUGAUUUCUUUAAUCAUCAACCAAAUGUUAAAGAAUUUAUUGCUAAAAUUAAAUCAGAAGGUGAAUUUGUUGAUAAAUUUAACUAUCAAGGUCCUAAAUUUGCUGAAUUAGAUGAAGCUCUUCAAGCUGAAUUUGAAAAUUACUUGACUGAAUUCGGUAUCAAUACUCAAUUAUCUGAGUUUAUCCUCGGUUACAGUGAUGUUAAAGAAGAAUCUGAAUAUAGAAUUUGGCUUAAAUCUGUCAAUAGUUUCUUCAACUAA